UUCCCAUCUUUUUGCUUUUUCCUUCUCAUCUUUCCCUCCUCUUCGAGAGGGUUUUUAUUUUUUUUAUUUUUCCUUUUUUUUUGGUUUUUCAAUUUCGUUUUUUUUCAUCUUCUUCCUCUCUUUUUCCCUGAUUUAAAAAAAAAGAAAAAAGAAAAAAAAUUCAUCUUCGUCUUCGUGUGUCCCUGAAACCCUAACCCUAAAAUUCCACAGCUGGUUAUAUAAAAUCUCGGAUUCUCCUGUGUCUCUUUGUGUUGUGUGAAGAAGAGGAUGCAACAGCAGAGGCUCAAACAACAGCAAGCCAUGAUGCAGCAGUCGCUGUACCAACACCCUGCCAUCUUAGCCGCUCCUCAGAUAGAGCCUAUCUUGAGUGGAAAUCUGCCUCCUGGGUUUGAUUCAAGUACAUGCCGCAGUGUGUAUGUUGGAAAUAUUCACCCACAGGUUACUGAACCCCUUCUUCAAGAAGUUUUCUCUAGUACUGGUCCGCUUGAAGGAUGCAAACUCAUAAGAAAAGAUAAGUCAUCCUAUGGAUUUGUUGACUACUUUGAUCGUAGGUCAGCUGCUUAUGCUAUUGUGACUCUCAAUGGCAGGCAUCUGUUUGGGCAGCCGAUCAAAGUUAAUUGGGCAUAUGCAAGUAGUCAGAGGGAGGAUACAUCAGGUCACUUUAAUAUUUUCGUUGGUGAUCUUAGCCCUGAGGUUACUGAUGCUACACUGUUUGCAUGCUUUUCUGUUUAUUCAAGUUGUUCAGAUGCUAGGGUUAUGUGGGAUCAGAAAACUGGGCGUUCAAGGGGUUUUGGGUUUGUUUCAUUCAGAAGUCAGCAGGAUGCCCAAAGUGCGAUAAAUGACUUAAAUGGAAAAUGGCUUGGAAGUAGACAAAUUCGGUGUAAUUGGGCCACAAAAGGUGCCACUUCCAAUGAUGACAAGCAGAGUUCUGAUUCUAAAAGUGUUGUAGAGCUGACAAAUGGAACAUCAGAAGACGGUCAGGAGAAGCCUAAUGAAGAUGCUCCAGAGAACAAUCCUCAGUAUACUACAGUUUACGUGGGCAAUCUGGCUCCAGAGGUUACUUCAGUUGACCUCCAUCGUCAUUUCCAUUCCCUUGGUGCUGGAACUAUUGAAGAUGUCCGUGUGCAACGAGAUAAAGGUUUUGGGUUUGUGAGAUUCAGUACACAUUCUGAAGCCGCUGUAGCUAUCCAGUUGGGGAAUGCUAGGUUUCUCUGUGGAAAACCAAUUAAGUGUUCAUGGGGUAGCAAGCCUACUCCACCAGGAACAAGCUCUACCCCCCUUCCGCCGCCAGCUGCAGCUCAAAUGCCAGGUUUCUCGGCUGCUGAUCUUGCUGCCUAUGAAAGACAAAUGGCACUGAGCAAAAUGGGUGGUGCACAAGCCCUCAUGCUUCCACAGGGUCAGCAUGCUCUGAAGGCAGCCAUGGGAAUGGGUGCUGGAGCUAGUCAGGCGAUAUACGACGGCGGCUUCCAGAAUGUAGCAACAACCCAGCAACUCAUGUACUACCAGUAAUGAUCAGUUAGAAGACCCCCAUUAUACCUCAGCACUGAGGAAUAAAUACUUUGAGAAAACUUGUAGGAUAUGUAACCGUUUUUCAGUUUCCUUAUCUUUUUUUUUUGGGGUUAGUUUUUCAUUGGUUAGAUUGGCGUAUCUCUAUCACUUAUACGUGAUCUAUGUAUGGAUACUGUGUUUUUCUAUUUUUUACUUCUGGGGGUUUAUGAUCCGACUCAGAUAAAGCAUUAUCUUAUUUGCAGCUUUAUGACCUAACGACCGAUUAUAUUUAAAGCUUGUUUUUGGGUCU